CAUAGGAAGAAUGCUGUAAUUGAAGAGACGCGCUCUUCCUUCCUUCUCUCUCUAGCUUCGAGAUCUUACCGGAAAAAAGUUUCGCCGCUCGAUUUCAUCGUCGCCGGAGUUUCGCUAUUCCGUCGCAGAAGCAAGAGAGUUUUCCAUCGAUUUGAAAUUUACAGUAAAUGGUGGUGACAAGAGGAGAUAAAAUUGUUGGAAGCUCUCUGGCAUGUAAAUCUAUGAUCGGUGCUAAUAAAAUGAGUGGGAGUCAUCAUCUCCCUCAAGUUAAAACAAAUUGGUCGAAACAUGCCAAGGCUUUUGAGUGUAUACCAUCCUUGAAUAAGUUUAUGGGCUCCAAUUUCCUUUACUCUAUAGAAAGUCAAAAGCCUGGAAGAGAUAGAGAUAUAGCUGCAACAAGGUCAAUUGAAAACAUCUGUCCUCUAACUGUGCAGACUUUGGCACGGGCACAAAUUGAAAAGGCUUGGUGUACUCUUAUAAAUCUCUCAAUAAAUAAUACCUACCUGAGACCUGGCAUUACUCCUGCUGUUGAUGAUGGCAACACUAAUUGUUCAUCUUCGACGAAAGGAUCCAUUGUUAAAGUUACAUCCACUGCUGAUGGAUCUUUCUACGCACAUAAUCAUCCAGAGCAUAGUGAACGGCGUGUAAGAGGCACUGCAAUAUCGUUUGACAGUUUCUCCUCCUCUUCCGUAGGUGAUGAUAAAAUAACUAUUGGCAAGGUUCUUCAGGUAAAGGAUGAGGUUAGAGAUUCAGUAACAGGUUAUAAAUAUACCAAUGGUAUGAAGAUGCCACCAAUCAAAAAUUCCACACACCCAGCUAGUCUUGAUGAGAUUGAUUAUGAUGACAUAAUGGAGAUUAUUGACGUAGACCAAAUUUUGAUGGAACACUGCCAGUCAACGUGUAUCGUUCAACCAUCAGUAUCUAAUUUUACACCAAUAGCUCCAUCUGUGGAUAUAUUUGCUUCCAGAAGAGAAGAAAAGAAAUGCUUGCCUCCUGAAUUAUGUUCCAGUUGUAGUCAUGGAAUAAAGCUAGGGCUUUGUCCUGAAGCGUCCACCCAUGUGGAACAAAUGAAGGACACGCUGCUUGCAAUAUCUAAUGAAAUCCUCAAUAAUACUACUGGCCUGGGCCCUGAUCAUUUUGAACAGCUUCGUCAAAAGAGGUUACUGUUGAAAAAGCAAAUUCAGCAACUCGAAAUUCUUAUCCAAAAUAAAGAAAGGAAAACAUCUCAGUGUUCGGUGUUGACAGCUACUCAGACUCUGCAGUAUGAAACAUCUCAAACAACAAAUCUUCAGAUGGUUUAUGCUCAGACAGACUCUCGAGCUUACGUAAAAGAACAAGGAAGAUAUGUAACUGAUAACUGGAAUAUGCCAGAAGGCUAUUUAUUUUCUGAAGAUAGGAAUGGUAUUUCAUCCGGUCCUGUAGAGAGGGAACAAAUUCCCGAGAUUAUAGACGUCACUUAUACGGAGAGUUCAAAUGAAAAAAAGUGGAGCAGUCGUGAUUUUUCUUGGACGAAAAAUCUUGAGGUCUAUAACAAAAUAGUGUUUGGAAACCACUCAUUUCGACCCAACCAAAGAGAGAUUAUUAAUGCUACAAUGAGUGGUUGUGAUGUUUUUGUUUUAAUGCCAACUGGAGGGGGGAAAAGCUUGACAUACCAGCUCCCUGCUCUGAUCUGUGCAGGAGUAACUUUAGUCAUUUCUCCACUUGUUUCACUAAUUCAAGACCAUAUAAUGAACUUAUUGCAGACCAAUAUACCUGCUGCUUCCUUAAGUGCUGGAAUGGAGUGGGCUGAACAACUAGAGAUACUUCAGGAGCUGAGCUCUGAGAAUUCUAAAUACAAGUUACUGUAUGUCACACCAGAAAAAGUGGCAAAAAGCGAUUCCCUUUUAAGGCACCUUGAAAGCUUAAACUCCCGUAGUUUGCUUGCUCGAUUUGUUAUUGAUGAAGCUCAUUGCGUGAGUCAGUGGGGGCAUGACUUUCGACCAGACUACCAGGGUCUUGGUGUUCUGAAACAGAAGUUUCCUAAUAUUCCCGUCCUAGCUUUGACAGCUACUGCAACAGCCAGCGUAAAAGAAGAUGUUGUGCAAGCUCUUGGUCUGGUUAACUGUGUUGUGUUCCGGCAAAGUUUUAAUCGCCCAAAUCUAUGGUAUUCUGUUGUGCCCAAGAAAAAUAAGUGUCUGGAAGAUAUUGACAGGUUUAUCAAGGAAAACCAUUUUGAUGAAUGUGGCAUCAUUUAUUGUCUUUCAAGAAUGGACUGUGAAAAAGUCACAGAAACAUUGCGGGCGUUUGGCCAUAAAGCGGCUUUCUACCAUGGCAAUAUGGAUCCUGGUAAACGUGCCUUUGUACAGAAAAAAUGGAGCAAGGAUGAAAUCAAUAUAAUAUGUGCUACAGUGGCAUUUGGAAUGGGAAUCAAUAAACCUGAUGUUCGAUUUGUCAUUCACCACUCUCUACCAAAGUCCAUAGAAGGCUAUCAUCAGGAAUGUGGUCGUGCUGGUAGCCAGAUGUCAUCAUGUGUUUUGUAUUACAGUUAUACUGAUUAUAUUCGAGUGAAGCAUAUGAUUAGCCAAGGAGGACUUGGCCAAGGCCAUAUGACAAUGGGAUAUAAUUUUGUUGUAAAUGGCACGCUGCUAAUUCCCAUUUGUCCACGAGGUAUGCACCUAGACCACCUGUCAAGCAACAGAUUUGCCUAUAGUUCCUUAGCCAGAGAGAGAUUAUGGACCGGGUUAUCCAGGGUUAGGUUAAGCAAAUAUUUAUACUUAAGCCACCAUGUCCCAUGGGCUGCGUUAACAUAUCAGAUUCUUCCAAACAAAUUAGAGUAUUUCUUGGCUUGCAAGAAUCCGUCUCUAAGGUAAGAGUUGGUUUUGUUUUUAACUUUUUUUCCG